GUAUUGCUGAGUCAGAUUGUAAAACCGAGAAGUACAAAGCUCCAAUCGGCAAUUACUUUCAUUCACUCUUAAAAUUCUUCGCCCUCUUUUCUCCCUCUCUUUCCCCACAAAGAUUCGCACAUGCAUUCUCACAAAUUCAAUUCAUACUUUUUCUAGGUGCUCUAUAGGAAAAUGAGUGGCAGAGGUGGUGGACUUGCAGAUUCUCCUUUUCUAAGGAACUACAGGGUUGGAAAAACUCUUGGACAUGGAUCCUUUGGUAAAGUCAAAGUUGCUGAGCAUUUGCUGACUGGGCACAAAGUGGCUAUCAAAAUCCUUAACCGUCGAAAAAUGAGGACUCCAGACAUGGAAGAAAAAUUGAGAAGAGAAAUAAAAAUCUGUAGAUUGUUUGUGCAUCCACAUGUCAUACGACUCUAUGAAGUGAUAGAGACACCAACAGAUAUAUUUGUUGUGAUGGAGUAUGUCAAGUCUGGGGAGCUCUUUGAUUACAUUGUAGAAAAAGGCAGGUUACAUGAAGAUGAAGCUCGGAAAUUUUUUCAGCAGAUUAUUGCUGGUGUGGAGUACUGUCAUAGGAAUAUGGUGGUUCAUCGGGACCUUAAGCCUGAGAAUCUGCUUUUGGAUGCAAGACGUAAUGUAAAGAUAGCAGAUUUUGGCUUGGGCAACAUUAUGCGAGAUGGCCAUUUUCUGAAGACAAGUUGUGGAAGUCCAAAUUAUGCAGCUCCUGAGGUAGUCUCUGGGAAACUUUAUGCUGGUCCAGAGGUAGAUGUUUGGAGUUGUGGUGUUAUCUUAUAUGCUCUUCUUUGUGGUACACUUCCUUUCGACGAUGAGAAUAUUCCUAAUCUUUUCAAGAAAAUAAAGAGUGGAGUCUAUACCCUUCCAAGUCAUCUGUCACCUUCAGCUAGGGAUUUGAUACCAAGGUUGCUAAUUGUUGACCCCAUGAAGCGCAUAACUGUACCUGAAAUUCGUCAGCACCAGUGGUUCAAAAGUCAUCUUCCUCGGUAUUUGGCGGUUCCUCCACCUGAUGCUAGGCAACAUCUUAAGAAGCUUGAUGAGGACAUUCUCCAGCAAGUUAUUAGGAUGGGGUUUGAUAGAGCCCAGUUGCUUGAAUCCUUGCAAAAGAGAAUACAAGAUGAUGCUACUGUUGCAUACUAUCUGCUGUACGACAACCGUUCCUUGGCUUCCUGUGGCUAUCUAGGAGCUGAGUUUCAGGAAUCUGUGGAUUGUUAUUCCCCAGGAUUGUUUCCGAAUCUUGAUCUACAGCUGUCUACUGGGAUCGGAAUUUCUGAAGAAGCGAGUUUGAUAGACCCAUUUUCCAAAGAGAAAAUGUGGCGAGUUGGACUUCAGUCUCCAGCAAAUCCAAGGGAGAUCAUGAAUCAGGUUCUUGGGACUCUACAAGCACUAAAUGUUCGAUGGAAAAAAAUUGGGCACUAUAAUAUGAAGUGUUUAUGGUGUCAUGAUCUUAAUCUUCAUAGCAUGGCCAGCAAUGACAUGAAUGAGGAUCAUUUUAUUAGCAAUGCAACUGCGUUAAGUACACAGUUACAGCCACAAUCUGCUGUGAAGUUUGAAAUGCAGCUCUACAAAACUCAGGACGAAAAAUACAUUCUUGAUCUCCAAAGAAUUAGCGGUCCUCAGUUCCUCUUCCUGGAUUUCUGUGCUGUUUUCAUUAUGCUGCUGGAGGGACCACAAUGAUUAGAAAGGAGGAGGAGGAUGUCUAGAGUAAUUGUGUAUUUUGUUGACAAUGAGAAACUGUUGUACAUACAUAGCAGUGUUAGUGGGUUUCUAAUCCUGCCGUAUACACACAGAAAAAUGUUCCGUUCCUGUACUCACAAUUGUGUUCAUGUUUCUGUAGUUCAGUUUUUUGCCAAAUGUGCACACAUGGUAUUCUCUCAGUAAAAUUGUGAAUCGCUCAUUACAACUGAUUUUAGGAUUUUGAACA